AUGAAUCAUAUUGCUUUACGACAUUUAAGUACAGAGGACUCUAGUAAAGAAGAUACUAUAGAUAUAUCAUCACUUGGAUCUGAUGUAGCUAAUACCAAUGAUUCUGCUCAUGAUAUUCUUCAACAAGCAGUUCAAACAACAUCACCUGAUGCUAUUGUUGAUGCUGCAUCUCGUAUUGGAGAGUUUAAAGCACUUGGAUUAUGUAAUUUUACACCUGUUGGUGGAUUAGAGGCUAUGUUUGAAUACAUUCAUGUCUAUAGUGGAUUACCAUGGUGGGGUACGAUUGCAGUAGCUACAGUGAUUAUCCGGUCUGCACUGUUACCACUCAUGAUUAAGAUUCAACGAAAUAACGCAAAACUUAUGAAUAUUAACCCUGAAGUGACACGUAUUAUGAAUAAUUUGAAAGAAGCACAGGCAACAGGAGACACGUUAGCUGUUAGCAAGUAUUCAAGUCAAAUUCAGACUCUUUUUAAAAAGAAUAAAUGUCACCCACUGAAAUCAAUGGGUUUACCUUUGAUUCAAAUGCCCGUUAUGAUUUCCUUUUUCAUGGCCAUUCGUGGUAUGGCUGAAAUUCCUGUUCCUGGAUUACAAGAUCAAGGUCUUUGGUGGUUUACUGAUUUAGCAGCAAAGGACCCAUAUUAUAUUUUACCUGUUGUUAGUGCAGCUGGUGUUAUGGCUGUUUUAGAAGCUGGAACUGAAGCAGGUGCCGCUAAUCCACAAAGUAAAGGCAUGAAGAACUUUUUCCGUGGUCUUUCAGUUGUCAUGGUACCAUUUACUGCCUGGAUGCCCAGUGGUGUGUUUAUAUAUUGGAUUACAUCUAAUUUCUUUUCUAUUGGACAAAUCCUUGCCUUGAAAAAUCCAACUAUACGUGAAUUUUUAAAUAUUCCAAAACUUGUCAAGAAACCUGAAGAACUUCAAAAGAAUACAAAAGGAUUUAUGGAAAAUUUUAAAGAACAAUUAAAGCAUCAAGAUAAAUUAGAAAAGGAUCGUAUUCUUCGUGAAAGACAACAGGCAGCAGCAGCAGCAAGAAGAGCAGCUAAGCGUAGAUUCUAA